AUGUCAGGCACCAGAAUGUGGUUGCGCUAAGAGCUUAUUAUUCUUCACCAGAUGAAAACCUUAUGCUAUAUGAUUAUUACAGCAAUGGAAGUGUGCAUUCCUUAUUACACGUUUGAUGCUGCAAUGAGUCAGUUUCUCGUGCUGACAUGUUUAAGUUACUGCAAAGAUCAUGAUGAGAUUAGAGUAUUCAAUUAUGGAAUCCUCCAGAUAUCUGAAUUAAUAUAUCAACACAAUCCUUUUUAUAUGAGCAGUUAAUUGGAAUGAGUGACUAAAUAAUUGGCAGGGUGUAGGUAUAAUUUAACCAUACACACAUAAAGAUAAAUCAUUCAAUGAAAAGCACAGAUGUAUCUUCUCAUGUUUCACAGGCAAAACGGCUAAUGUAGAGUGGGAAACCAGAGUAAAAAUUGCGGUUGGUGCAGCGAGGGGCAUUGCUGAAAUACACAAACAGCUUGGUGGGAUGCUUGUCCAUGGAAACAUAAAAGCAUCAAAUAUUUUUCUCAAUCAACAACUGUAUGGAUGUGUAUCCGAUUUGGGCUUGACAAACAUGACUGGAACAUCACUCAUACCUACUGCAAAGUGGUAUGCGCGAGCACUCAAGAAUACUCAAGAAUAUGUGUCCCACGCAUCAGAUGUGUAUGCCUUUGGAAUUCUGCUACUUGAACUUCUAACUAGAAAGACUUCAGCACAUGUCCCUGGAGGUCCUGCGGCUGUUACCUAGUCAAGUUGGUCAAUUCAGUUAAAAGUAAAGAGAGGGCUACCAAUGUUUUCGAUCCCGACCUAUUGAAGCAUCCUCUCAUUAGUGAGCAGAUGAUUAAAAUGUUGCAAAUAGGAAUUAGAUGUGUGGCUAAAUCACCAAAAAAGAGACCUAAAAUAGUUGAAGUAGUGGAGAUGUUGGAGGAUAUUGAGUCACUGACCCAAGUGAGCCGUUCUUUGCAGUCAACGAGUGAGGAAGGGAAACUUAUAUUUCUUGAGGAUGUUAAUCCCAUAUUUGAGAUUGGGUAUUUAUUGGAGGCUUCUGCUGAGGUGGUUGGGAAAGGAUCAUUUGGGACUAGUUACAAGACGACACUGGACAAUGGAAGCAUAUUUGUGGUGAAGAGAUUUACAGGUGUGAAUCCAACAUUUAAGGAUUUUCAGCAGCAUAUGGAGUUAUUUGGAAGAAUGAACCACAUAAAUGUCGGUAGAUUAAAGGCCUAUUACUAUGGAAGAGAUGAAAAGCUUUUGUUGUAUGAUUAUUACAAUCAAGGCAGCAUAUCUUCGCUACAUGGGACAAGAGGUGUUGGUGGGAUACCUUUAGAUUGGAGGAGCAGAGUCAAAAUUGCACUUGGAGCAGCGAGAGGUAUCGCUCACAUCCACGGACAACAUCAGAAGCUUGUGCUCGGAAAUAUCAAAUCCGCCAACAUUUUCCUCAAUGAGCAAAAUCAUAGCAUCCUCGCCUUUGAUGCUGCUCUGGCAAAUCUCAUAAGUCCUGAGAGGCUGUCAGGUGUACUAGAUUCAGCCUACUGUUCCCCAGAAGUGGCAAACUCCGGGGCAGUGUCACAGGCUUCUGAUGUCUAUAGCUUUGGAGUCGUGCUACUCCAACUUUUCUUUGGAGAAUCAUCUCAAGAAUACGACUCUCUAGCUGUGUGGGUGCAAUGGGUUGGAUCUGUUUAUCGUACUCACGAAUGGCCUGCUGAAUUGUUUCUGAGGCAUGGAAGUGAGCAGGCGGCGACACAAGUGUUGGAAAUGGCAGUGGGUUGUGUUAGCAUUGUCCUAGAACAUAGGCCUACCAUAUUUGAAGUGGUGAAGGUGUUGGAGGAAAUUGAUGGAGUCGAACCUCAAACUAUUGUGGAAGAUACUGCAUGGGGAGAAUAUUCAUCUGUUCAAUCAGGAUUUGAAUACUUAGUGGAGAAUCUAUUGCCCAUGCUAUCACCAUAAUCCAAGCUCGUUUCAUUAUCUUUUCUUUUAUCUGCUUCAACUUCUUUCUCAAAACCGGAUUUUUAUGUAAUGCUUGCUUACCAUUUGAAGUGGAUAUGUUACAGCCAGAGGAAUUCUUGAUGGAAUCAAAUGUAUAAACUAAAGCUUCAGUCCUA